AUGUUCGUGUAUCUCGUCUGCGUCUACUUGAUCUCAUCCCUUCACAUCGCUGCUGGGAAAUUUUUACAAGUGAAUAAAUGGCAUGAAUUUCUGUUGUUAUCGGAUGAGCAAGUUACACUCGAUCUCAGUCUGUUUAUGUCCUGCGAAAGGUUUUCCAUGUUAGUCGCUACAGACAGGCAUGAUUUGAGCAGGCUUAAUCUCACCUUCAAUGAAGAGGAGCUAUAUAAAGUUGAUGUCGAUUCACCCGAAACCUUCGAAGUGCCAUCACCACCUCCCGUAGUGGGAGGAUGUCGAGAGACAAAUAGAAAAUCAUUGCGCAUUACGUUAAUCUCCAGAAUAAAUAAAAUAGAAAUUCGGUUGCAAGAGCAGGUGAUUACACGACCGAAACAUAAUUAUUCUGACACGAUUAGGAUAUUAUUACCACAAAAACAAGCCUGCUGUUUGAUUUUAGGAAAUCUGUCCAACGAACGCGUUACUUCCAAGCCGACAUUUCGACCCAUGAUGGGUGACCAAACGAGCCCAAAGCCAAGCACUUCGGAGAAGUACCAACGGUUAUCGUGGACGGAAGUUGUGAAUCGUGAGUGGUCAACCUCGUUUAUUAUAUGCUCAACUUGCAUAGCCAUCAUGAUGGUUGUUAUGAUAACCUUCGGUAUAUGCACUUUCAUCUACCUGCAGACCCAACCGCGUGGAGGAAAGAAACUCUACACGGCUUAUGAAUAAUCUCGAAUAAGCUCAAAGAAUUUGUUGUAGAUAUUGGUGUCUUUAUGUAACAUAUAUGCUAUUCCCGAAAGGAAAGGUUGUGAUAUAAUCUAUCUCCUCAUUUCCUCAUCAAAGAACUUCGGAACUUCAAUAAACAUCCUGCGGAACUUCUAAUCAAUUUUCUGAGCUGUUUGAAGGACCAUACACAUUCAAGCAACAUAUCUAAUUCAAGGAACUUGGAGACCC